UUUUGACACAUUUCGCAACUUUUUGAAGGCCGUAGCUCUGUCAAUUCUUUCAAACUGUUUUAGAAAUAACUUCGCGACAGUUAAUUUAAAUUUUGUUUUUGUAUAAUUUAGUUUUGUUCCAAAGCAUGGCCCAAAGAAGAGCACUACAUUUUGUUUUCAAAAUUGGUGAUCGGAAAGAAACAAUCAAAUUUUACACUGAAAUUCUUGGCAUGAAGGUACUGAGGCAUGAAGAAUUUGAUGAAGGAUGUAAAGCUAGUUGUAAUGGUCCUUAUGAUGGAAAAUGGAGUAAGACUAUGAUUGGAUAUGGGCCUGAAGAUAAUCACUUCGUCGCAGAAUUGACAUACAAUUAUGGCAUCAAAUCUUACAAGCUAGGAAAUGAUUUUAUGGGCAUUACAAUAAAUUCAAGUGAAGCUAUUAAGAAUGCUCGAAAGCAUAACUGGAAUGUAAAAGAAGAAGAUGGGUUAAAUGUUGUAGAAGCUCCUGGAGGUUAUAAAUAUUAUCUUGUAGAUAAGCCUUCCAACAAUGACCCUGUGGAAAAAGUAACUUUGGCUGUCUCCAAUUUGUCAAAAUCUGUUGAAUAUUGGAAUGGUCUCCUUGAUAUGAAAAUUUUUGAAAAGAAGGAUGAUGAAGUAAUUCUUGGGUAUUCUAAUGAACAAUGUAAAUUACAUUUGAAAAGUAUUAAUGGACCUGUGAAUCAUGAACAAGCUUUUGGUAGAAUAGCAUUUUCAUGUCCAACAAAAGAGCUUGCUGGUAUUGAACAUAACAUUAAAGAAGCUGGACAUAAGAUUUUAACACCUUUAGUAAGCUUAGAUACUCCAGGAAAGGCAACAGUACAUGUUGUUAUUUUAGCUGACCCUGAUGGGCAUGAGAUAUGCUUUGUUGGUGAUGAAGCAUUUCGUGAACUAUCUCAGGUAGAUCCAAAGGGUGAUGCUUUAUUAAAUGAGGCUUUAGCAGCUGACAAAAGUGAUGAAUGGUUUGCAAAAAAGGGAAAAUCAAAAAUUAAAAUGUAAAUCUGAGGAAACAAUUUUUUUUUUUUUUUUUUUGUGCAUAGCUCAUGAUAUGUUUAUAAAAUAAAUAUUUAUACACUUUUUUGUAUUUUCAACUGCUAAAAAAGUAAAUUGAGACUUGAACUUGGUUGUAAAAACAUUUUGAAAAAUGUUUGUUCUAUUCUGAACUUAAUUCAU